AUGCGCUCAUGUUGGUUGGAGAUACCAGAGGGAAUACGAGGAGAACCGGGAUUAAUCAAGACAUGCAGGAGACAGGCAUCAGAAGAGACAGAGCACAACUAUCCACGAGUCCAGGCUUCAGUAGUACCACUACUUACUGAGCAAGUCACUCUUCAUUCUGCUUUUCAAGUGUUUCUUCCAUUUGUGUUGGGACUUGAGAAAGAUGAGGUUCAACAUAGUGAACUGAAGGAAUCUGUUGAAGAAAUACUGCCAUUCUUGAAGAAAGAAAAUGUUAAAGUUUAUUAUUUAAGUAAGACAUCUGCUACAGAAGGAGUUGAGAGCUUUCUUGAUAAAGUAGAUGCUGCUUCAGAUGAGCCUACUCCGUUGUCUUGGAGAUCAGAUAUAACCUUUAAUACUCCUGCCAUGUACAUUUAUACUUCUGGUACUACAGGUCUCCCCAAAGCUGCAGUGAUUACCCAUGAACGCAUAAUGCUAGCUUGUGGUUUGUUUGAUGCUGGCAAUGUUACCUCGGAAGAUAUUGUGUAUACUGCUCUACCGCUCUAUCAUAGCUCUGCCCUCCUCGUUGGAGUCCAUGGAUGUAUCAUGAAAGGUGCAACUAUUGUUUUGCGUGCCAGAUUUUCAGCAAGCCAGUUCUGGGAUGAUUGCAGGAAAUAUAACGUAACAGUGAUACAGUAUAUUGGGGAAGUGCUUCGGUAUCUGUGCAGUGUGCCACAGAGAAACAAUGAUCAGGAUCACAAAGUCAGACUUGCCAUAGGAAAUGGAAUAAGGGCUGAUGUUUGGAGGGAAUUUAUCCGAAGAUUUGGAAAUAUUAAUAUUUUGGAGUUUUAUGCAUCAACUGAAGGAAACAUUUCUUUUGUUAAUUACACUGGAAAAAUUGGUGCAGUGGGAAGAGUAAACUGCCUGCAGAAGAAAAUCUUACGCUAUGAACUGAUUAAAUAUGACGUAGAGAAAGAUGAACCAGUCCGAGAUGAAAAUGGAUACUGCAUAAGAGUUCCCAAAGGUAAACCUGGACUACUGAUCUGCAAAAUCACCCAGUAUGCACCAUUUAGUGGCUAUGCAGGAGCAAAACAGCAAACAGAGAAGAAGCAAUUAAGAGACGUCUUCCAAAAAGGAGAUUUAUAUUUUAAUAGCGGUGACCUUUUAGUGAUUGACAAUGAUAACUUCAUUUAUUUCCAUGACCGAACUGGAGACACAUUCCGGUGGAAAGGGGAAAACGUUUCUACAACAGAAGUUGCAGAUGUUUUAGGACUGAUUGACUGCAUUCAAGAAGUUAUUGUCUAUGGAGUAUCUGUUCCAGGGUAUGAAGGCAGAACAGGAAUGGCAUGUAUUCGACUAAAGGAAAACUGUGAAUUUAAUGGAGAAAGUACUUACAGACAUGUUAACACUCACCUUCCAAACUACGCAAGACCUCGUUUUAUAAGGAUUAAGAGUGCCAUUGAACUUACAGCAACUUUUAAGUACCGUAAAGUACAACUAGUGGAGGAGGGUUUCAAUCCAGCAGUCAUCAAAGAUCGCCUGUAUUUCCUGGAUGACAAAGAAAACCUGUAUGUACAAAUGACCCAGGACAUUUAUAACUCAGUAAAAAAACAUCACUUCAAAUUGUGA